CAGGCAGUUGGAAACUGUCGUUUGACUUGGUUCGGGUAAUCAUUCUCGGGUGCUGCGUACGUGAGGUGGAUUUUCUCCUGGUUUGCUGUCCUAGUCGCUGCAUCAAAUCAUAAACUCUUUUCAAAUUACGCCAGCAAUAGAUAUAAUAGAUCUUUUGAGUGUUUUCCGCUACUAUAUUGGUGCGUACGUCAGUGUAAAUCGUGGAAAAUCCCUUGCAAAGUGCCAGAAGUUCACCUGAAUAACAUAAUCUAAUCUCAAGUUUGUGUAUCUAAAAAAACGACGGGAAGAUAAUCGCUUAUCAUGUCAAGCCAAAACCCUUUCGCAAAGUUCAAGAAGGAAUUCCAGCACGAAGGGAGCCGGUACAGCUACUAUGACUUGGCAUCGCUCGACAAAAAAUAUGCCCAACUUCCGUUCAGCAUUCGGGUGUUAUUGGAAUCGGCGAUCCGUAACUGCGACAACUUCCAAAUUUUAGAAAAAGAUGUUAAGAAUAUUCUUGGAUGGAGCCCAACGAAGUCAACAACUGGGGAUGAGGUUGAAGUGGCGUUCAAACCAGCUCGUGUCAUCUUACAGGAUUUCACUGGAGUACCAGCUGUAGUAGAUUUUGCAGCUAUGCGUGAUGCUGUGCGCCAGUUGGGAGGAGAUCCAAAGAAGAUCAAUCCAAUUUGUCCAGCUGACCUCGUCAUUGAUCACUCUAUUCAGGUCGAUUUUGCGAGGACCCCGGACGCCUUAAUUAAAAACCAAAACUUGGAAUUUGAACGUAACAAGGAACGUUUCACGUUUCUAAAGUGGGGUGCUCGCGCUUUCGAUAACAUGUUAAUCGUGCCACCUGGAUCAGGUAUUGUUCAUCAAGUGAAUUUGGAAUACUUAGCUCGAGUUGUAUUCGAAGUUAAUGAUAGCGACGGAAGUAAGCUCCUUUAUCCAGAUAGUGUAGUCGGUACUGAUUCGCACACAACUAUGAUAAACGGUUUGGGCGUUUUGGGUUGGGGCGUUGGAGGUAUCGAAGCUGAAGCAGUGAUGUUGGGCCAGGCAAUUUCUAUGCUUUUGCCAGAAGUUAUUGGAUACAAACUUGUUGGAAAAUUAAGCCCCCUAGUUACAUCAACAGAUUUGGUGUUAACUAUUACAAAACACUUGAGGCAAAUUGGAGUUGUAGGAAAAUUUGUUGAAUUCUUCGGCCCUGGGGUGAGUGAAUUAAGUAUCGCUGAUCGUGCAACUAUCAGUAAUAUGUGCCCGGAGUAUGGCGCAACUGUUGGCUAUUUCCCUAUCGAUUUAAAUUCGUUGGGAUAUUUGAAACAAACAAAUCGAUCUGAAAAGAAAAUUGACAUUAUCAGAAAAUACCUGGAAUUGACUAGCCAACUUCGCGAUUACUCGAAUGAAUCCCAAGAUCCUUUGUUCACUCAGGUCGUCACAUUGGAUUUAGGGACUGUUGUGACUUCAGUUUCUGGACCGAAACGUCCACAUGAUCGCGUAUCCGUUAGCGAAAUGAAGAAGGACUUCAGUGAAUGUUUAACCAAUAAGGUUGGUUUCAAAGGAUUUGAACUCGCACCAAAUGCUAUGAAUACAUCUGGCUCCUUUACAUGGGAUGACGGAAAAACCUAUUCAAUUACUCAUGGAUCAGUGUUGAUUGCUGCUAUUACAUCAUGUACAAACACGAGUAAUCCCUCUGUAAUGUUAGGAGCAGGACUCCUGGCAAAGAAGGCUGUUGAGAACGGGUUGACCAUUGCCCCCUACAUCAAAACAUCUUUAUCACCAGGCUCCGGUGUUGUCACGUAUUAUUUACGUGAAUCUGGAGUAAUUCCAGCUUUGGAAAAACUUGGCUUCGAUAUUGUUGGAUAUGGGUGCAUGACAUGUAUCGGAAAUUCCGGCCCUCUUGAUGAAAACGUUGUGAACACAAUUGAAAAGAAUGGAUUGGUGUGUUGCGGUGUUUUGUCUGGAAACAGAAACUUUGAAGGAAGAAUCCAUCCAAACACCAGGGCUAACUACUUAGCAAGUCCAUUAUUAGUCAUCGCUUAUGCCAUCGCUGGACGGGUCGAUAUAGACUUCGAGACUGAACCUUUAGGAAAGAACCCUGACGGAAAGUUAGUGUACUUGCGAGAUAUAUGGCCACAACGGUCGGAAAUUCAAGCUGUGGAGCAGAAAUAUGUAAUCCCAGCUAUGUUCCGAGAUGUGUACAGUAAAAUUGAACUAGGAUCGCCAGAUUGGCAAGGUCUUAAAGCACCUGAAGGAUUGUUGUAUCCUUGGAGUAAAGAAUCUACUUACAUCAAGAAGCCACCAUUUUUCGACGGAAUGACUCGUGAUUUACCAAAAUUCACAGCAAUUGAGAAAGCCCGAGCUUUAUUGUAUCUGGGAGACUCUGUUACUACAGAUCAUAUCUCACCAGCUGGAUCAAUUGCUCGCAACAGCCCAGCGGCUCGAUAUUUGUCUGAACGAGGUUUGACACCGAAAGACUUCAAUUCGUACGGGUCAAGGCGUGGCAAUGAUGAUAUCAUGGCUCGUGGAACGUUUGCUAAUAUUCGGUUGAAUAACAAACUUUUGAAGAAAACCGGACCUAGAACAAUCCACAUUCCGUCUGGAGAAGAGAUGGACGUGUUCGAUUGCGCUGAACGUUAUAAGGCUGAGGGAACGCCACUGAUAGCGGUUGUGGGCAAAGAUUAUGGAAGCGGAUCAAGUCGUGAUUGGGCAGCUAAAGGUCCAUUCCUCCUAGGAAUUCGCGCCGUUAUCGCUGAAUCAUACGAAAGAAUCCAUCGUUCGAAUUUGGUUGGAAUGGGUAUCAUCCCAUUGCAAUUUUUGGAUGGGGAAAACGCCGAGUCACAUGGUCUCACUGGGCAAGAAGCGUAUGAUAUUCUGCUCCCUGAAACUGUAAAACCAGGCGAUAAAGUGAAAGUUCGGGCUGAUGGAAAAGAAUUUUCGGUCAUUGUUCGUUUCGACACUGAAGUGGAUCUUACAUACUUCCGAAACGGAGGCAUUUUGAACUACAUGAUUAGAAAGAUGCUGAGUUAAGUUUUUAGACGAGAGAGGAUGGGUUCUUUAAGCAUAUAGUAAUUUCUUGUUUUAUUUCAAAGAUAUCAAAUCAUUUUAUUACUCAGUAGACAUUGAGAAUAUACAUUUUUAUGGAAAUCUAUUGUUAGGGAUGAGUGUUUUUAAUAAAUGUUGGCUUCCGACAUA